AUGACAGAAGCACACACCGAGGAGCAAUUGCUAGAGCUGCGACGCAUCCUACUGCUGACCGUCUAUAAGAACACACUCAAUCAGUUGGUCCUGCAGCAGCGUUCGCAGCGCUUAAAUGCCCGUAAACCGCUCUCGCUGCCCGCCUCCCUACGGCGACGACGCAGCUCGUCGCUGGGGGAGCAGGAGAAGCCGGACCGCAUCCUGAUAACCGGAAAGGUUCUUCCUCGACUGGAAUCGCUGCUGGGGGAGACGGAGGACGAUGCCGAUCAGCUAGACGAGGAUGUGCUGGACGCUCUGAAAUUCGAGCGCGAUAUGGAUGCCCUGCGAGCGAUCUAUGAGGUGGCCAUGGAUGACGAGGAAUUAAAAGAGAGGAAGAUUAUUUCGGUGGACGGAAAGGAGCUGGAAACAGGAAAGGAGGAAAUUGCCUCGAAGGAUCCUGACUUGGAAAUUGUACAAGGUAAAGAUGAUUCUGAUGAACCAAAGUCACAAAAGUCUUUUAAAAUUCUGGAGUUUAAUGUCCUAGAAAGCCAGCCGAUUGAUGUGGAAAAAUCUAAAUUUGUUGAGGGUGAAGAUCUCGAUGCGCCGCAACCACAAAUCGAAUCGCAGGAGACGACUCAUGAGGAGGACAGGAGCCUGCAAAAGCUUAAGCAGGCUAUAGCUGCCUUGGGCGGCAACAAAAGCGAAGUCUCCCAAGCGGCCCAGCAACUGCAAGAAUCCAAGGACGAGCUAAAGAAACUCAAGGAAGAUCUAGAUACCGAAAAGCGGGUGACCAAGGACAAAUUGCUGGAUCUAGAGGAUCGCAUCGCCGAGACCAAGUACAAGCUGCGCUGCGUCUCGCGGGUCAACGACCUGGAGUACAGUCUCGUCCAACGCUGGGAAGAGGGGCGUCUGGCCCAAGGAACUAUUUGGGGUGAGAACGCUGAACGGGCCUAUUUGCGGGAUAUUCUGGACAUCAAGCAGAAAUUGGCUCGCGAAGAGCGCGUGAGCACUGAGCUGCGCUCCUUUCGCCAGCAAGAAAUCGUUGAUCUGCACCGCAGAAUCGUGGAGUGGCAGGAACGGUAUGUCAGCGAGAUGCGGCGGGUGGAUCGGGAGGCCGAGUCCUGGGAGCUGCGCAUCCUUGAACAGAAGAAGCAGUUGGAAAGGCAUCGUGAGAUUUACGAGGAACGGAUGAUCUUCGUGCAGGAGUAUCGCGCCCAGAAGGCGGAGGAGCAGCGUCUGCACGAUCUCCAGGUUCAUCGCAUCGAGUGCGCCGUAAGGUUGCAGGCCUGGUGGCGCGGCACCAUGGUGCGUCGAGGCCUGGGUCCCUUCAAGAAGAAACCGAAGCGCGGCAAGCGGGGCAAGCCCAAGAAAUAA